UAUACUACCGCCCCUAAGACUCAUAUGUCCUCAUCGGUCCCUAACUAGGGUUUUAGUGAAGGAAAAAGAACCUCGCUGUCCUGGAAUAACAGAGUAGGGGUUUAUCAUCCAUGGAGGUUGCAGCAUCAUCAGUUAGGGUUUCUGGUUGUAGUAUCCAACCAUCGCGUUUAAGCCCUAAAUUUAACUCAAAACUUCAUGCUUCUUCUUCUUUUUCUUCUUGUAAUCUCACUUCAAAUGCUUCAUUUGUAUCAAGUAAACCUUCUUUUCCUCAUAAAAUUUGUUGUGUUAGCGCCUCUGUGAAAGAUAGCCUUAAAUCAGUUGUUGCCAAGAUGGAUAGCAUGACGAUUGAUGAUUCUGAGUUUGAGCUCUCUAGCUUAACGGCUUUAUCACCCUUGGAUGGUCGAUAUUGGAGAAAGGUUAAAGAUUUGGCUCCGUUUAUGAGUGAAUACGGACUUAUUCAUUUCCGCGUUAUAGUGGAGAUCAAAUGGCUGAUAAAGCUUUCACAAAUUCCGGAAAUAACUGAGGUCCCCAGUUUCAGCGAGGAUGCCCUGUCUUUCCUGGAAGGAGUUAUUGAUGGGUUUGGUGUGAGUGAUGCUUUGGAGGUGAAAAAAAUUGAGAGAGUUACGAAUCAUGACGUGAAAGCAGUAGAAUACUUUCUGAAACAAAAAUGUCAAUCCCAUCCGGAGAUUGCAAAGGUGCUUGAGUUUUUCCAUUUUGCUUGUACAUCAGAGGAUAUCAAUAAUUUGGCUCAUGCCUUGAUGCUGAAAGGGGCCUUGAAUACAGUGAUAUUACCCGUCAUGGAUGAUUUGAUAAGAGCUUUAUGCAAGAUGGCAAAAGACAAUGCUCAUGUUCCUAUGCUUUCUCGCACUCAUGGACAGCCAGCUACACCAACUACUCUUGGAAAAGAAAUGGCAAUUUUUGCUGCUAGAUUAAGCAAACAAAGACGUCAUCUAUCUGAAGUUGCUUUACUGGGCAAGUUUGCUGGUGCUUCUGGAAAUUACAAUGCGCAUCUUGUCGCAUACCCUGAGCUAAGCUGGCCUCGAGUUGCAGAGGAGUUUGUAAAAUCUCUAGGAUUAAGUUUCAACCCCUAUGUGACUCAGAUUGAGCCUCAUGAUUAUAUGGCAGAACUGUUCAAUGCAAUGAAACAGUUUAAUGUCAUAUUAAUGGACUUUGACAAGGAUGUAUGGGGCUACGUAUCUUUAGGAUUCUUUAAGCAGAUUACAAAGGCUGGUGAGGUUGGGUCUUCUACUAUGCCUCAUAAGGUGAAUCCCAUAGAUUUUGAAAACAGUGAGGGUAAUCUUGGGUUGGCCAAUGACGGGCUAUCUCACCUGAGCACAAAGUUGCCUAUUUCACGAUGGCAGCGUGAUCUUACUGAUUCAACUGUUCUGAGGAAUAUGGGGGUGGGAUUAGGGCAUUCUCUUCUUGCUUACAGAAGUGCCCUCCAGGGCAUUGGAAAGCUCCAAGUAAAUGAAGCUCGCCUAAGCGAAGAUUUGGAUCAAUGCUGGGAAGUUCUUGCUGAGCCAAUACAGACUGUGAUGCGAAGAUAUGGUGUUCCCGAACCCUACGAGAAGCUGAAGGAACUAACCAGAGGAAAAGGAAUUUCUAAAGAUAGCAUCAGAGAAUUCAUUUUAGGUUUAGAGAUCCCUGCGGAUGCAAAAGCUAAUCUUCUGGAACUUACACCCCACAGCUACAUCGGCGAAGCAACCAUUUUAGCUAAUGAUGUUGAUAAGUUUGUUGAUCUAGUGAAUGGUGUUCUUGCCUUAUAGGUACCCAUGACCCAUCCAAUCUGUGUGUAUUUCCAGAAAUUCCGCAAUUAAACCUCAUUUUCUGAUUAAUCACUGGCAUGCUCCUGUAUUUUAUGAUUUUUGAAACGAGAUUUUUACUUUUUCUACACUUCAUUGAACAUACGGUUUUGCUUCAAUUUUGAAACUUUCAAAUGUAUAAAAAGCAUGAGAAAUGAGCAAGAUUUGAUACUAUUUGAUUCAA